AUGAACCUUAGCAUGAUUGCCUACCCGCCACGAAACCGCCACGAUGACUCUGUUCAGAAACGCUGGACCACGGAUCCUGCUUACGCGUCUUACACAUCCUCCCUAUCCGCCUCGAAGUCCUCCGCCUCUCUCGCGUCCUCUUCAUUCAGUGCCUCCGUUGCAGCAACUUCCUCCAAAUCCCUAUUAACCGGCUCCGACCCGUAUUCGACCACAUUCUUGUCUACAUCGUCAGCAUCUCCUGCACUCUCGACUUCAACCAUUCCGUUUUCCUCCAGCUCCGGAGCCACAUAUGCCACGGAUAUCUUUACCACGUCUGCUCCGGUGACUGUCACCCUUCCUUCGACAACAUUCACUUCCACGAGCACGUAUCUCGCGUUUUCAGCCACACCCAUAGGUUUUGCUGCGGCUGCGUCGGACCCGACUUGUAUUGGCGGUGGUUUGGAUGCGCCCGCUGAUGGUAUACUUUCUACUCUAAUUCUUCCCGCUUGCAUUGGACUUUUUCUAUGGUUAUUAUUUGCUUUCAUUCGUCCACGAUUUCGCCAAGUAUACGGCAUUAGAGAAUGGUUCGUUCAGCCCGACUUGCGGCCUAGACUACUUCCGGACACCUUUUGGGCAUUUCUCAACCCUCCCGUUCCCCUCGUCCCAUCAGUACCAAAAGACGUUUCCGAUACGGGCAAAUCGCCUGCCACAGACGCGUCUCUGUAUCCUUCAGACGAAGAACUCAGCCAGCGCGCCCUCUGGCAUUGCUUUCUUCUUGUUUUAGGCUGGACGCUCCUCGGCCUAGCAGCAGCAUUACCUCUUUAUAUGGUUUCCACCCCAUGCGUUUCUCAGUCCAUCUCGCAGCCACUAUUCGGAGGUGGAUUAUCCACGUUACAGGAUUUGAGCUUGUUACGGCUACUGAACCUACUGGACGACAAGUCUAUCACGACUUCCAGCUCUAAUUCCAUAACGCUGCUGAGGCGCGCGACGGUGAACGGGGUAGACGUUGCUCAGAACACCCGCAUUCGUAUCAUUAUUCUUACUGUCAUCUUCCUCGUCCUCGGCGUACUUCCGGCGCUCUGGAAAACAAUCAAGGAGUUUAACCUACUCGUCGCGCACCGGAGACGUUGGCUUGAUGUCAAGCUGGGAGGGAAGGAUAUGGGGUGGUUGAGCUUGAGAGAGGCACCAGGGUUUGCUUCAUGGGGAGAGAAACGGGUCAAGGAUUUUAUGAACAGGACGGGGCUGAGCUCUAGCUUGGAGACGGGGGCGAGGAGAAGGAACGCAAGUAGAGCUCGGGAUUUGGAUAGGGAGGAGAGGAUUCAGGAGGAUAGGAGGCUGUCGACUGAGGAGGAGGCGAGCUUGGAGGUGGAUGUGCAAAGCUUGUUCACAAUCGGCGAAACGAGACAGCUUGCGUUGCUUAUAGAGGAACGCGACGAAAUUUUGGAGAACCUGGAGAUAGCGGAAACGAGAUAUAUAUCCUCGUUCCGGCUGUCUACGCCUGACCCUUCGAUAGCGGAUUAUCAACCUGCACCUCCCUCAGAUACUGAGGGGAUACCAUACAUCAGUCGGCCACAACCUCUCAACGCAUCGAAGGCACUUCCUCGGAGACAACGAGCCCGAAAUCCGGCCUACGCCUCAUCCUCCCUAACACCAACCUCCUAUGUCGCGCCCUCACAAUACUAUAAACUCGGAAGCCUUCGUGGCGUCAAUGGAGGCCGCUUCGCCGACUCAGAAGAGUCGCCCAGCUUUUCCGACUCCAUCACUCAACGAGUCGUAGGUAGCCGCUUCCAAGAGAUCCCGCGAAGUUUUGCCGACGUCUACGGUCCCGUUCCUGUUGGGAGCCGUGUGCACCUCCAGGGUGGGGUGCUUAGUACUACCCCCAGACUACCACUACCGCCGAUUCCUAACCCGAGUCAGCAUGGACCGAAUUGGGUGGAGCAUUCGGGGGACACAGAAGCCGAUAAGGAGGAUAGAGACUGGGUAGAUCUGAUGCGCGAGCCACCUAUUGAUUUUGCGACGCCUGAGGAGGGUACAGGACAAGGGGAAAGAGACAGGAUGAUCGGGGCUUCGUCGCCGCUUGUGGAGAGUCCAUACAUGGAGAGCCCAGAGAAUAUGAGUGAGAUGGGGAUGUUGAGCUUUGGGAGGAGACCGAAGAUAUUUGGCCCGUCGCCUUCGGAUCAACUUGAUACAUUUCCGCUCAGGAGUCGUAGGCAGGAUACGUCGGGUAGCAGUGAUGUGCCGCCUCCACAUCUGAGGCUACAGUCUCACCCCCCGUUUGUGAGACCCAUGACUGGCCUCAAUCAUGACGACCUCGGUCAUGUGUACGCAGAUAUUCGCUCGUGGCGAACCAAGCUGAAGCAGAUUAAUCAAGAAAUUGCGGAUGCGCAGAGUGAAGGGUACAAUGAUAUUGCGGAUGGUGUCCGGGUGAAAGGUUGGAUCCUCAUCGGGAAAGGCCUACGCUUCAUACCCGGCAUUCAACUCAUCGAAGGCCGAGCCAAGGAGGACAUCCGCUGGGAUCAGCUCCAGCUCGAGCACGAUGCCUCAAACCAUGCUGUCUUCUGGACGAUCACUGCUGUCAUUGUUGUGCUACUUGGAAUUGGCUUGACCGCCGCGGCAGGAUUGGCGAUGUCAGCCGCACCCGACUAUGCGCAUUAUUUCCCAUUCCUCCGGCCUCUGGCGAACCAUAAUGAUUUUGUCACGGGUCUUGCCAUCGUCCUCGCACCUGCAGUCGGUUGCGUCGUCUUCAUCUCCACCUCGAUAGCUAUUCUUGCAUACUCAUCUCGCUUGAUCAGAUCCGCCUCGGUUUCUAGAGAUCGUCUCGUCAUGUUCAAGACGACGUUCUAUGUCCUUAUGGCAGUCGCCACGAUUUGGCUCAUCGCAAUAGGCGCCAUUCUGUAUGCUUUCUCGGCCCUUAGCCUAAGCAGUCAACGGCCACAGAAAGUUGCUGACGGUGCCAUAUAUGUCACUACCUUGAUUCUGGGUAUCGCGUUGACGGUGGCAGUCAUUACUCCUGCACUGUUGUUACUGCAGCCGUUUCACCUCAUCCGUGUCCUGCGGGCGGAGAGAGAAGCUGUCACGCCUCGACAGCGGUUCCGUGCUGUGUAUCCAAGGACGUACAAUCCAUCGUUUGCUCUGGCCUGUUGUAUCUGGGCUCAAGUUACAGCAUCGACCCUAUGCAUUAUAUUCCCUAUCAUUGGCCCAACCCUGGCUCUUCUGCUAUUUUUGAGCCUCAUCGCACACCGAUAUCUCGUUGGCUACGUCUACGCACGCACUCGGUCCCAAACCGGUGGCCUCCUCCAAAUAUGGCUCGUCCAACGUUUCGGUACCCUCCUCGGCUUCCAGCCCAUGCUCCUCGGCCUCAUCCUCCUCACUCGCGAGAUGUGGCCCGAAGGCGGCGUCCUCUGUGGCUUCUCGGUCGGCAUUAUCCUUUUCGUCGAGCUUUAUGCCACUUGGAAGACGAGACUUCCGGGGAAAGCCUCUUUGAGCAAUAUCACUCAGGAUUCGCUGGAGACAUUUAGGAGGACGGCAAGGCCGACAAAGAGGGAAAGGAAAACUGGGCACGGGGAGUCUAAUAGUUUUGCGAGUUCCGGACCAUUGGGGGGUGGGAGAAUGACGAGGACGAGGGGCUCCAUGGCAAGUGUGUUGGAGAUGAUGUCAGUUACUUUGGCUGUUAUGCCUUCACCAUCACAGACAAGGGGCCCUGUGCCCAUUCAGACUGAAACCCUGGAUGAUCUCACGGCAACUGAGCGAGCAGCUCGAACCCACCCUGAUGCGCCACCUCACCUGCCGCCUCUUCCUUUUGCUGAUCACGCGGAGGAAAUGGCGAGCAUCAUGUAUGCCCCAGAAUUGAUAGCACCGACGCCUAUCAUCUGGCUGCCGAACGACUCUGCCGGUGUCGCUCGUUCGGAGGCUUACGACCUACAACGAUACCACGAUAUACCCGUUACGCUCGACGUCCGCGCGAACGAAGACGUGAUGCAUCCAACGAGGACAGCUUCGUCCCGUGCGCGCCGAAGUCUAUGA